ACGGUAAAUUGAAAAGGUUGCUACUCGUUUUCCGAGCACGUCAUUUCCGGUUUUGUUGGCCUCGCAGCAGCAGCAAUGGCAGCGUUUUCUGAAAUGGGGGUUAUGCCUGAAAUCGCACAGGCAGUGGAGGAGAUGGACUGGUUGCUUCCUACUGACAUUCAGGCAGAAUCUAUUCCUCUCAUUCUUGGUGGGGGAGAUGUCCUCAUGGCUGCAGAAACAGGCAGUGGUAAAACAGGAGCCUUCAGUAUCCCAGUGAUCCAGAUUGUGUAUGAGACACUAAAGGACCAGCAGGAGGGAAAGAAGGGCAGAGCUACUGUCAAGACUGGAGGAGCUAUCUUCAACUGUUGGCAGAUGAAUCCUUAUGACCGCAGUCCAGCCUUUGCAAUUGGUCCAGAUGGAUUGUGUUGCCAGAGCAGGGAGUUUAAAGAGUGGCAUGGCUGCCGCUCCACUAAAGGUGUCACCAAAGGAAAAUACUACUAUGAGGUGACGUGCCAUGACCAGGGUUUGUGUCGUGUUGGCUGGUCCACCAGUCAGGCAGCUCUGGAUUUGGGGACUGAUAAAUAUGGCUUUGGUUUUGGUGGAACUGGAAAGAAAUCCCACAACAAGCAGUUUGACAGCUAUGGAGAGGAGUUUACCAUGCAUGACACAAUUGGAUGCUACCUGGAUCUAGAUAAUGGCCAUGUCUCGUACGCCAAAAACGGCAAUGACUUUGGUUUGGCUUUUGAGAUUCCCCAACAUCUGAAGAACCAACCUUUCUUUGCCUCCUGUGUGUUGAAGAAUGCAGAGCUGAAGUUCAACUUUGGAGGCGAAGAUUUUAAAAAUCCCCCUAAGAACGGGUUUGUAGCUCUGGACAAGGCACCAGAUGGUCAUGCAAUCAAAUCUGCUCAGACAGGAAGUGCCAAAGUGAGCCAGAUGAAGGCAUCAUCCAACGCUCCCAAAGCCCUGAUCAUCGAGCCCUCCAAAGAGUUAGCUGAGCAAACCCUCAACAAUGUCAGCCAGUUUAAGAAAUAUGUGGAAAACCCCAAAGUCAGGGAUCUGCUGAUUAUUGGUGGAGUGGCAGCAAAAGAACAGUUGGCUAUUCUAGAACAGGGGGUUGACAUUGUGGUGGGAACACCAGGGAGGCUGGAUGACCUCAUAUCCACUGGGAAGCUUAAUCUGUCCCAAGUCCGAUUCCUGGUGUUGGAUGAGUGUGAUGGUCUCCUCUCAGCAGGCUAUACAGACUUCAUCAACAGGGUCCAUAACCAGAUCCCUCAGGUCACGUCUGAUGGCAAGAGGCUGCAGGUGAUUGUGUGCUCAGCCACACUGCACUCAUUUGAUGUGAAGAAACUGUCUGAACGCAUCAUGCAUUUUCCCACCUGGGUGGACCUGAAGGGUGAAGACUCCGUUCCUGAAACUGUUCACCAUGUGGUGGUGCCUGUCAACCCCAAGCAGGACCGCCUCUGGGAGCGCUUGAGCAAGAACCACAUCCGGACUGAUGAGGUACAUGCCAAAGACAACGCUAGACCAGGAGCCAAUACUACAGAGAUGUGGUCAGAAGCCAUCAAGAUGCUGAAGGGCGAGUACACAGUAAGAGCCAUCAACGAACACAAGAUGGACCAGGCCAUAAUCUUCUGUCGGACCAAGAUUGACUGUGACAACAUGGAGCAGUACUUCAUACAACAAGGAGGCGGCCCAGACAGGAAGGGUCACCAGUUUUCCUGCGUCUGUCUCCAUGGUGAUCGCAAGCCCAAUGAGCGUAAAACCAACCUGGAGCGAUUCAGGAGAAAAGAAGUGAGGCUCUUGAUCUGCACAGAUGUAGCUGCCAGAGGUAUUGACAUCCAUGGAGUUCCUUAUGUGAUUAAUGUGACUCUCCCAGAUGAGAAGCAGAACUAUGUCCAUCGUAUCGGCAGAGUGGGCAGAGCGGAAAGAAUGGGAUUAGCCAUCUCUUUGGUUGCUACAGAGAAAGAGAAGGUGUGGUACCACGUGUGUCCUAACCGAGGCAGAGGUUGCUACAACACUCGACUGAAGGAAGAUGGAGGCUGCACCAUCUGGUACAACGAGAAAGAGCUCCUGUCAGAAAUUGAAGAACACCUCAAGUGCACCAUCACCCAGUGUGAGUCAGACAUCAAAGUACCUGUGGAUGACUUUGACGGGAAAGUCACAUAUGGCCAACGCAGGGCAUUGGGAGGUGGGAACUACAAGGGUCAUGUGGACGUGUUAGCCCCGACAGUCCAGGAGCUCUCCAGCCUUGAGAGAGAAGCUCAAACAUCCUUCCUCCAUCUGGGGUACUUGCCCAACCAGCUUUUCAGAGCCUUCUGAACCCACCGCAACUAGUUUAACACUGUAGGCUAAACUAGAAGAAAGCAAAAUAGAAACACUUUCUUUUAAUUCAUUGCAGUAACAGAAAUCUCUGUGCAAACUAGCCACAUUAUGUUUGCCUUUCAAUUUGUCUUUUGGCAGAGUAUUCACCUGUUUAGUCAAUGACUAUACUAUACUUCAUAAAAUUUUGUAAAACAUUUUACAUCGUAAAAUGUGUUCUAAAGGGUUAUCACCAUUACAACAUGUAAACUCCUUCACAGUGUGUAUACAGGAAAACCAUUGUGCCAUACCUGGGUGAAUUAAAGUUAAAGACUGGAAGCUGAAGCCUAUACCCAAUGUUUGGUUUGUCAAAGUGGUUGCCCAUAUAUUAGUAGUGUUUUUGAAUGAAGUUCUAACUCAAGGGUUUCACCACACAGCUAGCAUAUGUAUUUAUUGCAGAAUGCAAUCUUGCCAUUAAUGCUAACACUAAAGCCAACGCUGAAUUGUUUGAACUUAUUUAUGUUACACUCUGGCAGAAGGACAGCUGAUUUAAUUUAAUUCAAAAAUGACAUUGAUUUAAGUUGAUUAUUCUUUUCUGUUGUCCCCCAAAAUAAAAUACUGUGCUCAGUUAAA